AUGUAUGGUUGUGAACCUGGUAUGCUGGAACCUUAUAUGGUUGUAAGAAUAAUAGUUGAACCUGUGUUGGCAUUCCUCUUUGCGACAAGUCACUUGCAGCAGCAAGGUUCAAGUAGAUCAUUAUCUGCUGAACUGGGAAACAACUACAGUGCCUCCCUAGUGGGGCAACUAGAAGGGGCUCUGUUCCACCCCUUCGAUGUGCCUUCAAAUGAACUUGCUCGUUCAUCUAAAAAGUUCAAAGGAAACUCUAUCAAUGGGCAGUCUAAUAGUACAAGAAGAGAAUCUCUGAGGAUUUCCUUACAAACCAAGAGCAAGGAUGUCUGUGCUUCAAAAUCAAUUGCCGAGUGCACCCCACAACAUAGAGUGAUCAACACCGUCAAGUCUUCUGGGAAGGAAGUGGUCAAUGAUGAUGAAUUUAUGGUUCCUUCCAUAUGUUCUCCUAGAUUUUAUCGAUAUUCUACUCAAGAACAUGCAGAUAAAUCAAAACCCCAAUCUGCUACAAAUCCACACAAAAGUCCUUCUGUAGUGUCCAAAUCAUUUGCAAAGUGCUAUAGUACUGUGAAUAAGCAUUUGGACAGAAUCAGAACUCCAAUCUGCUACAAAUCCACACAAUUGCCUGAGGAACAAACAAAAGCCACACCUGAACCUCCAUAA